AUGGUAGCGACGGACUCCGGUCGCAGCACCAAGUCGCGAGGGUGCUUUCAAUGCUCAAGGCGCCGGAUUAUCUGCGAUCGGGGGGAGCCCGUCUGCUUAAAAUGUCAGAAGAAAGGCAUCGAAUGCUCGGGGUUGGGUCGGUUUCGCUUCACGGCCGGCGUCGCGACCCGCGGCAAGUUGAAGGGAUGUACCAUCCCGGUUCUUGAUGCCAACCCAGAUAAUGCCUACAACUUCAUCUCAGAUAGGCCCAGAUCGAUCCGAUGGCGUCAUGACCGGAGUAAAGUCGCCAAGCAGCAGGAAGUCGAAGAGGGUGGGAGGGUGCAGAUCACUGGUGAUAAGGCUGUGCACCUUAAGGCGAGCGCACCAGUGUUUCCCGACACACGCGUGUUUGAGGAGGACCUACAGAUAAUAGCUGGCGUGGAAGCGCACGGUACUGUAGGCUCUAUCACAGAAAAGGGUGUCGCAUCAGGGUGCAAAGACCAAGUCCUGCCAUCUGUCGCAGACCAUGAUCCUCCCCUCAAUUUCAUGCAACAGGUAUAUAGACAUACUACCCAGGGCCUCGGGCAACACUUCCUCACAAACGGAUCAUCGAUGAUUGGUCGGUGGAUCGCACCAAUAGAUCAUAGGAUCCGUCAAUCUUUCGACUACUUCGCAAAAUAUGUUGCACCAGUCAUGGUUGUUCUUGAUAUAUCCAAUGGGUACCGGGAUAUUAUCCUCCCAAUGGCCUUUAAAGACGACUUAUUGCAGCAGGCUGUCUCUGUGGUAGCCGCGCAACAUCUCGGCCCGCGACAACCUGCCUCUCAAGCGGCAACCGAGUCGAGCCGGUCGGCAAUCAUAUCGCGUUUACGCCGUGCCUCCCAGCUCGGCUCGCCCAAUCUUGUGUUUAAUCCAUCGACCUGGGCCACCCUGAUCGUGCUCCUUGUUGGCGAAACCGUCACGGGAAGCUCCGAGUACAGCCAUCUCCUACAGACCCUUCUGACUCUGGCGAAGAACAUGAGGGAUGUUGACAACUCUGAGUUGAACGAGUUCCUGAUCAAGCAGACAGAUAUGUUUGCCUUUUUAGGACAGCCGUUGUUGAAUGAAGACCUGGGUGCACAGCAGCUGAGAAAUCCUAUCGACCCGGGUGUGUGGAUGGCGUCGGGCGUCCAUACUGAUUGGCACCAUGACAGAAUCCUGUCACUUGUCAAGCAAGGAUUUUCAAAGGGCGCUCAGAUUUACCUCCAACGUGCAACCACCAAUCAGAGUUCCUGGGAUGCACUAGAAGACCUGCGCCAGCUCCUGUGCCAUGUGGACCCCACAGAACCAGGUGCCCAUGGCUUUGUAUGGUCCUGCUUUAUUGCCGCGGCGGAUAGCGUAGACCCCGAGCAUCGGUCAUUCUUUACCAAAUAUCUUGAGGGAAUCCAUUCAAGGACCCUGUUUGACAACAUUCCCAAGGCUCUCGCUGUUUUGCCUAUUAUUUGGGAGCAGCAAAAUUCGAGGAAGUGGACCGAGGACUUGCCCAGCCUUUCCCCUAUCUUGAUCAUGUGA